AUGGUUUUCAAGAGGAUGGAUCGUGUUCUGAGCACUGCUUCGACAGUUGGAGCAGCCAUGUUUCGUAAUCCAAAGCAAAAAUACACUUCUGUUGCAAUCCAAACAGAAAAUGAUAGGGACAAUUUUUUACUAAAUUUCCCGAUCCCGUGCAAAGUUAAGACUGAUUAUAGGAAUAAAACAUGUCCAGAUCUGUUGAGAAAAGACAACAAAGAAGAUAAAUAUACAACCGCUCUGAAAUGUCUUGGACCAUGGCCAUCAAUUUUUAACAAAUUCAACGUUACUGAUAGCGAUAUGUAUAUCAAUAUGGUACGAAAUGGUGUUCCAGUUUCUCAGGAAGUUCGUGAUAACUAUGCGGAAAUAUCCAAAGAAUUUAUGAAAGUUAGAAAUUAUUUGAACGGACUCUAUAGUCGGGAAUAUAUCCAAGUCAAAUUUGGAGUGUUGGUUGAUAAGAUUUUGAGAGAUAUGGAAACAGCGUGGGAACGGUAUCAGAGGAAAAUCCACAAAAGGAAGUUUAGGGUCUACUCGACGCAAGAUUGGGUCAUGAGCGGAAUCCUCUCGGCAUUUGGUGUCCACGAGCAUAUUUUGGCGCAUGGACCUCAGGAAGAGCCAAAUUACAACACACUGAUUCUAGUGGAAUUGUGGAAGAAAAAUGGAAUACCUUAUGUGAAAUUUCUCUAUAAACCUGAAGAGGAGACUCAAUUAGAUCAUAAGUUGAUGGAUUUGACGGGUGUCAUACCCGGUUGUGAUGGGAAAAAGAAGUGUUCGUUGAAGAGAUUCAACAAUUGCUGUGAUAACACACGUGCAAGCAAGAGAACUCAGAAGAAAUUAUGUGCGUUUCCAAAACCUGUUACCACGAAUUCAAGUACUAUGAUUACUCAUAAUUCUAGAUAA